AUGAGCGACAGCCCGGCCCGGCCGCACGGAGGGCCCAUCUCUGGCUACCAGAUGGAAUUCAACUGGGGCCACAUCAACUGGGCCCCAUGGGUCGACCUGAAAAUGGAGCCCGCGAACAACCAGGUGGAGUCCACCAGGCUCAUGCACAACGGCGUGGGCGUGGGCGGCGACCCAGGCGUGGCCGCCACCGCCGCGGCCGCAGUGCUGCUGCGGGAGGCGCCGGCGCCGCGGCGGCGGAGGCCCUGCCGUGAGCGCGAGGCGGGUGCGCGGCGCUCGCCGGCGCGCGGGCUGGGCGCCUCGAGGACGCGCGCGGCCGCGUUCCUGUAG